AUGAGCGACGCUGGUGUUGAUUCAGUGAAAUGGAUCUCGAGGACUUGGAAUCGCAAGAAUCCACUUUCAAGCUCUCGCAAAAAACGAAGGCGCAUCAGCCAAACCCUGCUGUCAUUCUUAGCGAUUGAUCUCGAUAAAGAUGGCUUUAAUUCAGCAAACAAGAAAAAGCUCAAGAAAUUGCAGAAGAUUCUUGCGGUGCCAAAACAAUUAAUCAAGAAAUCUGAUCUUCCCACAUUCUGCAACGAUGAUUUUCGCACCGAUAAAGGCCCAAACAACCAGGAACACAAAAUCAAUGGGGAAAAAGCAUACUGGGAUACAAUAUGGAAAUUAUGGAGUGUGGCGCCCACCUGCAAAUCAAUGUCGGACCUUGAUGGCUAUAUGAGCUUCAAGGAAAAUCCUGACGAGAACCCAGGAACUGCAGAGAGACUCGUCAUAUGUCCUAGUGGCUUUGGAAAGCCAGAUACUCUCAGCCAAUUAAGGUCUAAGGGUGUGCAAGAGGUCAUCCGUCAAAAAGUGGAACUGGAUGAUGUCUCGGAAUAUGUCGCUCUGACCCUUUUCCACGAGUUGCUACACUCGCAGGCGGCCGGUUAUUUGGAAGAUUAUAAUGUCCAUACGGGGGAGUCCAUUUUUGUAGGGAAUAGCAACGACAAAAGCAACGAAGACGAAGAAGAGGAGGCAAUUCCAGCUUAUGGCCAAGUGGCGGUUCCCAUUUUUGCCGAGAGCUUCCCUGACAAAGCCAUGAACAAUGCGGAUAGUGUCGCCCUGUACGCCGCUGCGAUGUACCUGCAUAAAUGGUCUUGGUGGACUGGAGAAGCUCAAAUCCCAGAUAAGGAAUCCUGUGAUGAGGGCAGUGACGAUGCUGAUUGCUGCAUUCAGUGA